CUAGAGAGUACGGGUAUUACAAUUUACAAGUGUGUGGAUGAAUUAAAUGACAUUAUUUCGUGCUCGAUAUAGAGAUUUGUAUAAAAUACCAAAACAAUGAACCAUUCCUAUAAAAUAAAAAAUUAAAAUUUGGAUUUAUCUGAGUUGAAGGUUUGUCUGUUCCUAAAUAAACAAAAGAUGUUCAGUUUCAUGAAAAAGAGUGGCUGUGAAAAAGAUGAUAAAGAGAAGAAGAAAAAGGAUAAAAAAGAUCGCAAAGAAAAUAAGAAAAGAGAAAGAGGAAACAUGACUACUGAAGAGUUGCUCAGAUUGGAUGAGGUUCGACGCUCAUUGAAAAUUAGAGGACGUCGAAAAGAAAAAGAAAAACUACCUAGUGGAAUAACGGCUGAUUACAGUGCAAGUUUUUUUGCCGAGUUAAGUAGAAACAAUGAUGGAGCUUGUGGACCUAGCUCUCAUAGUCGUAGUGAUAAUCUAACCCAAAGUGAUAGUUCGGAAACGAGCAUGACAUCUAUUAACAAUCCCGGUCCAUCACACAGUAACUUGCCUCCACUACCUCCUCGACCACCCAAGCGCGGGAUCCUCAAACAAACUCCGAAAACCUCUAGUAAUAAUGACUUAUUAAGUCAGGGAGAUACAUCUUACACUCUAAUGAGGAACACGUUACAAAACGAAGUUAUAACUUAUCAGAACUUACCAAAGCGAUCGGCCCCGGACGGAACCAAUGAAGGUGUUGAAGACUCAUCGUCAAUCGGCAGUGGAGAUCACACGCCUAGCAGUUAUCUGACUGCUCCAGUAGUCAAGGACGGCAAGACCCCGAGUAUCGACAGUCUAACUGACUCGGCAACUAACAGCAGUUUUGCCACUCCUCCCUUUAGCAUGAGUCCUGUCGGAGAAAGCCAAAGUCAUCCAUCAAAUCUGGAGAGUAGUUUGUGUUGUGAUCUCUCUCUGCCAAGAAUAGAACCUGUGAGACUACCCAAGCCACGAGUAUUGUCCAUCUCACGUCAACCUCCUCCCCGAAAUGACUUUGGAUUCUCGUUGCGCCGCGCGAUGGUAGUUCAGCGAGACACCAGUGGAGGGGGCGGUUACACACUCUCAGCUGUCAUCUUUGCUGAACCCGGCGCGAUUGUUCAACAUCGGAACGAUACGGGUCUGCUUCCAGGAGAUCGGUUGCUGGAAGUCAACGGUGUCAAAGUCGAUGAUAAGUCCCGUGAAGAAGUGAUAGAGAUGAUAAAAUCAUCAGGUGCAGUGGUCAGUGUGAAGGUGCAACCAGUCAGUGAGUUGAGUGAAUUGAGUCAUAGAUCUACAAUGGACGGGCAGACGGUGGAGUUAGAUGACAGCAACAUUCGAGGCGGAACUCUAAGACGAAGUGGCAGUCGACGGUUCAAUCACUCAAACAUGGCUAAAACAGAAGAACAAGUAGCUUUGGAGCGCGAUUGGCUGCAGAAGGAUCAUCUCUGGUUGAUUCAUCGGAAUGGGUUUUCAGCCGUGACUGUUCUCUCACACCAACCCGACAUCCACAAAAUGACUGUGUCUGUAGACAGUAGCGGGGAAGAGAUACAGAUUGAAGAAGAUGAAGUAGAAAAGGCAAAUCCUCCGACUCUAGACAGAGCGGAAGACUUGACACAGUUACUCUAUGUCAACGAGUCUAGUGUACUCAACACCCUCAGACAGAGGUACGCAGCCAACCUGAUCCACACUUACGCAGCCGAUGUCCUCGUCAUCAUCAAUCCUAUGGCACCUCUCGCAAUAUACUCGGAAAAGGUGUGUCACAUGUUCCGAGGAUGUAAGACGGAAGACAUGCCUCCCCACAUCUACGCUACUGCGCAGUCUGCGUACGAAACUGUCAUAUCCACCAGACACGACGGUUCUGUUGUAUUCAUGGGACACUCCGCCAGUGGUAAAACUACCAACUUCCGUCACACGCUUCACUACUUGGCUUUGGUCGCUGGAUACCAAAAUAAGGUGAUUAUCCCCGAAAAACUCAAUGCAAUUUGGACCUUAUUAGAGGCAUUUGGGAAUGCCAGUACUCAAAACAAUGUUAAUGCUACUCGCUUCACACACAUAUUCAGUUUGGAUUUCGACCAAUCAGGGGCAAUCGCUUCGGCUUCGGUGCAGCUUCUUUUGAAUGAGCGUUGGCGUGUCGCGUACAGACCAGAACAAGAAUCUACAUUCCAUGUAUUCCGACGGCUGAUCCAGGGCUGUGAUGGUAAUUUACGCAAGGAACUCGCCCUCGACGCUGUGGGGGAGAACAACCCUUACAUUGGACUCAUCAGCAAGGUCGAAGACCUCCAAAAAGCUAUUGGAGAAUUCUCUCGCCUUUGCGGAGCUCUGACUGUGAUAGGAGUAUCAGACUCUGAAGCUAAAGUGAUUUGGUCUGUGAUUUCAAGUAUUCUUCAUUUAGGAGCAGCAGGAGCAGUGUACAACAAGUCGGCGAACAGGUGGCAGUUUGGAAGAGCAAAUGCUGCCCAAAGAGCGGCCCAACUUCUCGGCACGACGGUGGACAAGUUGACGCAGUUGUUGUUCGGCUACUCCGAGACUGGUUUUGUCUCCCCGCCUGAGAUGGACGAUGGACAACUAGCUCUGGAUGCCUUUGUGGUUGGAUUGUACAGCGAACUUUUCAAUGUCAUCGGGUUUUUCAUAAAUAGAUGUAUCACCAUGAAGGUUCACACAGUCUUUUCCCUACUGGUCGUGGAUAGCCCAGGGUUCCAACAACAGAGCUCUCAUGGUGACAGUGUAGCUUUCUACAAUCUCUACAUCAACUACCUGGCCGAGAGAAUCAACCAACUCUUCCAACAUAGGAGUAUCGUGGCUCCAAGGGAGCAAUAUCUACAGGAACAAGUGAGUUUGCUGGAUGGAGAAGAGGAGGGAGGAGUUUGUGAGUCAAGUAGGCAACUCCUAUCUGCUCUAGACUCCAACUCCAGCUCCAACUCCCGGGGGUUGUUCUGGCUGCUGGAUGAUCUGUCCUCGGACGCCUCCGUCACUGACCUGGCCCUCGUAGACAAACUCUUCAAUGUCAUCAGAGAGAAUGACGGGUUGAUCAAGAAAGGUCCAGCUCUAGAUCAGAUAACUCUACUCCACUGCGGCUCCAAUACUCCGGUUGUAUACUCCAUGGCAGGCUGGCGUAGACAAUGCGUCGAUCAUCCUCUGAUUCGCACAGCCGGCUCACUUCUCAAGGAGUCAUUCAAGAAGGAAGUGAGUGAGAUGUUUGUGAAGAGUUGGGGAGCUGGAUUGACAAGUACACUGACGGGUUCUAUCGUAGGACUGGAGGGUUACCAAACACUAAGGAAGGGCUCGACCAUGCAUCGCUCUGCCACCUCCCCUCUUAAACACAAGUCAUUCUCCUUGCAGCUUAAGUUUACAGUGGACGGUCUGAUAGACACACUCAAGCGUACAAGGAUCAAGUUUGUCCAGUGUCUACUGCCUCAUCGUACUGCUGGACUAACUGACACCUCCCCCCCUGAUACACUCAUCAACAUUCCUCUAGUUAGAAUGCAGAUUCGCGGGUUCAGAGUUCUGGAUGCUGUAAGACUUUACCGCCAAGGUUUCCCCAAGUCAAUGUCUCACAGAGAGUUCACCAGAAGGUUUCAUCUCCUUUGUCCAACUGUCACAUUGCACGACAACCAGGAGAAGGCUGCUGUAGAAGAGAUGACCACAGUUCUGGACAUUGACUCGGCCAGCCACAGGAUCGGACUUUCCAAGAUAUUCUUCAGAGCGGGUGUUUUGCCACGGCUGGAGUCCCAACGAGAUGAGAAACUCGCAGGAAGAGUCGUCCACUUCCAGGCCCACUGCCGCGGCUACUUGGCCAGGAAGAGAUUUGCCAAACGCAAGGUUGAACAGCUGGCAGUCAGAUGUAUACAGCGGAAUGUACGCAAGUUUCUCAGUGUUAGAGACUGGCCGUGGUGGAGGUUGCUGGUUAGGGUCAUGCCGUUACUCAACGUUCACCGAACUGAGGAGGAACUUCGCUCAAAAACUGAAGAGCUUGAGAACCUUAAAACCAAGUUUGAGAAGCUUGAACAAGAAAAGUCAAUGUUCCAACUAGAAAUCAGCAAACUAGAAGCUAAGUUGAGCGAGUUGACGAUGGACCUUGCGGAGGAACGUUCGUCUGCAGCUCUAGCCAAUCAGAGACUGAAGAUGGAGAGUGCGGAGAAAAUGAGGCUGGAGAAAGAACUAGGAGAUAUCCAGAAACAGAAGCAACAGUUGAUGGAGAACAGCGAGAGACUGGAGAUGGAGCUCAUGUACAGUCGCAGCUCCGAGUUGAACGGAGCGUUAGAGGGGGAAGGUGAUGACGAGUCUGCGUAUAAACAGCGUUAUGAGCGAGCUGCGCGAGAGCUGGCGUUCACCCGACGCAGACUACAACAACAGCAUCAGGACGAUCUAGAACAGCUUGUGGCACUCAAGAAACAGUUUGAAAAAAAGCUCUCAGAUGCUUAUGAAGAGGUUGAGGAGCAGAGGCAGGUCGUUGGACAGUGGAAGCGGAAAACCCAGAAACUGGCCUCUGAGAUGAACGACUUGAGAUUGCUCCUGGAGAAGCAGAACUCUAGGAACGACAUGUUGGAGAAGAAACAGAGAAAAUUCGACACAGAAAUCCAGCUGCUUACAGAUGAACUGCGACAGGAAAAGACCAAUAAGGAGCGAGCGUUGAGGGAGAAGGAGAUGGCUCUAGCAGACAAAUACACGAUGGAGCAAAACUUAAGCGGGGUAAAACUUGAAUUGGAGCUGAAAGAGCAGAAAGUGAACAGUUUGACCGCUGAACUCAGUGAACUAACAUUCAGUGGAAGCACAGAGGAGGACGUAGGUUUGCUGAAGAAGGCCAAACACCAAUUACAGAACAAAGUUAAAGAACAGGAGGAGGAGCUAGAUGAUCUAGCAGGUCAAGUCCAACUUUUGGAGCAGGCUAAGCUGAGAUUGGAGAUGACACUGGAACAGAUACGUAAAGAGAACAAGAAGGAAUUAGCUCAGCGAGAUGAAGAACUGGAGGAGGUGCGGUGUAACGCUCACAAGAAAGUCAAAGCUUUAGAAUGUCAACUGGAAAAUGAGCAUGAGCAGAGAACUCUAUUGUUACGGGAGCGUCACGAGAUGGAACGCAAACUGGCAGAGUACGAAGAGAAGAUACACAGCAACCGCAGCAGCGAACAGGAACAGCUGCAGAAACUGCGGAGGGACCUCAAGCGGACCAAGGCUCUGCUCCGGGAUGCUCAAACCACCAUCGAACAAUCCCGGUCAGACGCUCCGAACAAAGCUGUUAUGCGACAGUUACGCAACCAGUUGGAGGAUGCAGAGUGUGCAAGGUCUUUGGCAGUCAAAGCCAAGCAAGCUGCUGAAUCUGAGCGCUCCGAGGCAGCGUCUGCACUCGAGGACGCCACCAAGGCUCGCACGGAGGCUGAGGAUCGAGCAUCCUCUCUGCUGAGGGAACGCUCCCAGCUUCAGUCACAGCUGGACGAGAAUGAAGAGGAACUCGCUGAUGUGCUGAAGAAGUAUCGAGCGACAGUACAGCAGUUGUCGCAAGAGCAGAUGUCACUGCAGGAGCAAGCGAGCCGCAUCGCUGAGCUAGAGACUGAGCGAUCUUCUCUGCGUGAGCAGCUGGCGGAGCUGUCUACAAGAGUUGAAUCUAUGGAGACCAUGAACGACCCCAACUCCUCCCUGGCUGUCAAACGACUACAGCUGAAAACCAAAGAACUGGAGAGCAAAUUGGAACUGGAGCAGACGACGCGAUCUCGAUUACAAGUGCAAAUAACAAGACUAAAAGAAAACAAUGAGAGGCUUCAAAGCGAAGUAGAAGCAAUGAAAGCAAGAGAGCAUUCGGCUCAAGAAAAAAUCAAAACCUGCAAUCGUCAACUCAGGGAGCUGAGAGAUGAGAAUGUCCUGUUGACAAGCAAAGAGCAAGAGGCGCAGGCAAAGAUGAGAGAGAUGGAGAAGAGUGUUGAUACAGCGGAGUCAGACGCAGCAGCCGCAAGGUCAGACCUGCGUCUGGCUCUGCAGAGAAUUGAAGACCUGCAGUGCGCCAUCGAGGGAGAUAUGGAGGAUGCGGACGACAACUCUGCGGCAUCCUCUGACAGUGACUCAUCUAUAAGGUCCGACGAAGUCUUGACUGCGCGCAGCUUAACAUUGGGUGAUUCUGGUGACAGCAGCUAUCAGUCUGCUGACCGAAGUGGAUCUAGACUGAGAAGACUCAACGAGCCGUUUACGAAAGACUCCUCAAAUGCGUAACAUAGGGGCGAAACCCAGUAUUUUUGCUUCAUGUUAAUUUAUCAUUUACCAUCCCUGUGCUGCUUUGUCCCUAGGAAAUACUUAUGGUACAAAAUAUCAAUCGAAAACACCACAUAGAAUGUAGUGUCGAACUGUUUUUGAGUAUAAUUUAUAAAUUGUUUCACUGUUAUGUAUAGAGUAGUGUAGAUAAGAUAAGAAGGGUCUUGGACUCAAGGAACACACCUCGCUUUUAGUUAUCCAGGCAGACGGUGUGCGGACCAUCGGUUCUUGUUCUUGUAAUGUAUUAUAUAAAUCUGUGUAAAUGUUACAAGUGAUGUAGUAUAGUGUUGCAUCGGGAUUUCCCUUCAAAUGUAUUAUUAGCUUCUGUACCGAUUAAUUUUUGUACAAAUUCCAUCUAAUAUUGUAUUUAAUGUUAAUUCGCUCUCGUUAAAUAUUGUAUUUAUUUUUAGGGGCAGCUAUGUAAUAUAAAGGUUUCUGUAUCAAAUAGAUGUUGUCGAGUUUAAAUAUUUAACUGUUAUAGCGAAUUUUCUAAUCGAGUACUUAUUGUAAUAGAUUUGCUCUCUGAUACCUGUACAAAUGAGAAGUUAGCGGCAAAUAAAUAAAUGAACAUAUAUAUUAUUUUCCUAUCGUGUCAGGGUUUGAAUUGUAGUUAGUCGUGUUUUAUUGUGAUUCUUGAGGGCUGCAAACAACUUGAAUGCCAAGUGAUAGUGCUGAAUUUGCUGUUUAUAAAACAUGGUGGUCCUGUAGCCUGCAGAUGUAAUGUAGAGGAAUUUAUUAUAAAAUUACUUAUUUAUGUAAGUUAUUUUAAGAUUUAGACAUUACGAAUAUCGAUCAACUUGUAUGUUUAAUUUGUUCGUUAUUUUUACUCGAAUUACUUUGUUCAAACAUAACACUUCAUAGUAAAAUUGUUUAAGCUUUGAAUUGUGAAAUAAAAUUACCUUUUAAAACAUUAAAAUAUGUUUUUCACCGUGGAAUCUUACAUAAUUGUUACUAUGAUAAUACUUUGAAUGGAACAAUGUCAGUGCCUAGCAUUAUUUAUUACCUUAUUAUUAUUAUAUUAAAUUUGUUAAAUUUCCUUGCUCUGUUCGAACUCCUAACCUAGCAGUAUGUUAUUCGUAUCACUUUCUCAACUUUUUCUAUUUUAUUCACUUCUUUGUACUCCAAAAAAGUUGUGAAACACUUAUAAUAUUGGCACUGAUUUCCCUUGUGAGGGUGCUUUACUUUGUUUGUACUUGUUAUGUUAUGGUGUUUAAUAAACUAUUCCAAAACAAUGCUUAUGUUUUUGUAGAUUUAGCUUAUACUUUUUAGUCAUUGAACAAACUAUUCUAAUUGUGGGUUUACUUUACAGGUACUACUUUACAGGUACUAUCCUUAACCCUUUUAGUGCCGUAGCAUCGCUCAUAGCGAAGCAAUGUGAUAAUAAAAUAAUAUAUUAAUUGUCAAGCGUCGCUGACGGCGACUCUCAGUAUUUUAUACAGGGUUGGGCAAAUGUGUGGAUACCCCUGGUUAACUUUUUAAUGGGCGACACCAGGAAAACUAAACUCCACAUACCUUCACAGUGCCGGAUUUACCACUAGGCCGAUUAGGCCGCGGCCUAGGGCCGCAAGCAAGAGGGGGCCGCAGAGGAUUGGGAAAAACAUUUUUUGAGAUAAAAUUUUUAAAAAAUAAUUUAUUUUAAACCACCAGUUUGCCGCCAUCACAGGUGACCAUAAUGAUGUCUCCGUGGACCGAGGGAGAUGUUCACGAUUUUGCCGCGGCCUCGGGUGCCUGUGAUGAUGUCCCGUGAUUGCGGCCCGCGGGAGACGUUCAUGAUUUAGCCGCGGCCGCGGGUGACGUUCACGAAUUAGAUGCUGUAUCGAGUUGUCUGUCAAUGAUGAUGUCCCCGUGAUUGCGGCCCGUGUGCGGGAGAUUUUCACGAUAUCGCCGCGGUCACAAGUGUCGAUGAUGAUGUCCCCGUCAUUGCGGUCCGCGGCAGAUGUUCAUGAUUUCACCACGGCCGCGAGUGUUGACGAUGCAUCCCCGUGAUUGCGGCCCACGGGAGAUGUUAACGAUUUCGCCGUGGCUGGGGGUGUCAAUGUGGAUGUCCCCGUGGUGGCUUACCGAGGAGGAUGUUUACGAUUUCGGCACGGCCGCGGGUGACAAUGAUGAAGUCCUCAAGAUCGCAGUCCAUGGGAGAUUUUUUUAACACGAAUUUGCCGCGAUCGCAAGUGUCGAUGAUGAUGAUGUUCACGUGAUUGCGGCCCGCGGCAGAUGUUCAUGAUUUCACCGCGGCUGCGAGUGUUGAUGAUGAUGUCCCCGUGAUCGCGGUUCACGGGAGAUGUUAACGAUUUCGCCGCGGCUGGGGGUGUCAAUGAUGAAGUCCUCAUGAUCGCAGUCUACGGGAGAGGUUUUUAACACGACUUUGCCGCGAUCGCAAGUUUCGAUGAUGAUGUCCCCGUGAUUGUGGCCCGCGGGAGAUGUUCACGAUUUUACUGCGGUCCCGGAUGGUUAUGAUCACUAAGCCAUCAUAGUUAUGAUGGCUUUGACUUGGUUUAGGAGAGAUGUCCACGAUUUCAUCCAGGAUCACGGGUGUCGAUGAUGAUGUCCCCUUGAUGUAUAGGAGAUAGUCACUAUUACUUCCGCUAUCGCAAGGAAUUUUCACCACAGGGGGAGGGCCGCUCAAGUAAUUUGGCCUAGGGCCGCAAGUACCCUAAAUCCGGCACUGUACCUUCAUAAAAAAUAAAACUGCACUUUUUGGACGGUAUCCCAAUUUUUCCUGGGACCCCAAAAUGGGGUAUUUUGGGGUAGCUCCAAAAUUUUAAAUGUAAAGCCCCAUCGAGUGACACCUCAUUUUAAAGGCCUUUAUUAAAGAAGAAUAUCAGCGAAAACUAGAGGUCUCUAUCUCAACCCAGUACGACAUGGCAAUCAUUUUAAAUUUUCAUCAGCCUGAGAGAAACUUUUAAUGAGGUUAAACUGUACGAUGAAUUUUCAAAUGACCGCCAUGUCGUACUGGGUUGAGAUAGAGACCUUUAGUUUUCUCUGAUAUUCUUCUUUAAUAAAGGCCUUUAAAAUGAGGUGUCACUCGAUGGGGCUUUACAUUUAAAAUUGUUGAGCUACCUCAAAAAAACCCCAUUUCGGGGUCCCGGGCAAAAUUGUUAUACCGACCAAAAAGUGCAGUUUUGUCUCUUAUGAAGGUAUGCGGAGUUUAGUUUUCCUGGUAUAACCCGCUAAAAAGUUAAUAUGGGAUAUUGAUGCCUACAUUUAAGUACCCAUUAAAACACCCAACAACAUACUGGCUUUAAAAACACGUUGUUUUGAUUCAAAAGCUACCGGAUAUCAGUUUUGUAGCAUUUUCGUUGCCUUUGGUCUGUUUGCAGACACCAUUUUAUCCAUUUUCGUCAUAGAUGACAUCUGGUAUCAUCUGUUUGACGUUUUUUUGUGGUUUUCAAGUUGAAGUUAUGUGUGCGAAUACGGCUAGAGAAGUUUUUCACUAUUUUUUUCUUUUAUACAUUGGCAAAGGUUAUUUAUUAGUAAUGAUAACAAUCUUCACUGACAACAAAGUAAAACAUAAUAGUUAUUUAUAUUACAGAAUUCCAGUUUGGCAUUGCUUAGCAACCACAUAUUUGGGAUUGUUAUAUAUUAUUUUUAUUGAAUUUUUUCAAACUUGUUUGGAACUAAAUUUGAUUAUCUAUACAUCAAUUUUGAUCCGACUGUUAUGUUGAAUAAAAUAAUAAAAUUGUUUAGCAUAACUUAUAUUCAUAGUAACAAUAAAUUUAAAUAAUAAUUUUUGUUUUAAAAAAAUAUUUUUUGGUCCUAAUUUAUUGUGAAAUUUUGUGAUAUCUUAAACCAUUUCAUAGAGAAUUUAUUCAUGCACAAAAUUAAAAAAAUACACAGAAACCUCUAAAAUUGUAUUUUAUAUAAACUACUGCAUUUUCCUUUGAAAUUAGCUCGACAAUUUAUCCAUAAGAAAUAGGCAUGACGGCACUCAAGGGGUUAAUAGUGUAGCAAUGUUUUUUAUACAUCCUGAAAACAUGUUUUGUUGAAAUUCGCCCCAUUUGGAUGUGUAGUUGUUGAGAUAAAACUUAGAUUACAUCUAUUUAUUAUUGAGCAAUUAAUGAUUUCAAAUUAUUUUGAGGCACCAAAGCACAAUGUUAUAUAGUUAUCUAGUUUUUGUAUCCAAACAGUUUUGAUGUUACCAUGUGAAGGGUGUAAUAUAAUUUAUAUUUUCUUUUGUUUCUGGACUUAUACCUUUUAUAGUAGUUUUCAUAUUUAUAUAUUUAACUGAAUUUGUUUUCAUCCUCUCAGUGUUUUAAUAUUUACUUUACCAUUAUAUGAAAUAAAAUGAUUAUU